AUGCCUUCCAAAUCUUCCAGCAAGAAGGCUACCAGCUCCGGCUGCGGUUGCCGCUGCUUCUCCAUCAAGAGCCUGAGCUUCCUGGCCAUUUUCUUGGCUCUGUUCACCGCCGUCUACAGCUACCUCGAUGCGCGCCUGGAGCAGUUCUACAUCUUCGACCCGGAGCACCUGCACGAUCUUUCGCAGCGCGCCAUCAAGACCCAUGGCGAGGACACCCGUUCUAUCGUCAACUUCAUCGUCUCCGAGCUGGAGGAGAAGGUCGGACCUAACUACCUGAGCACCGAGGAGGAAUGGGUGUUCAACAACGCCGGUGGUGCCAUGGGCGCCAUGUACAUCAUCCAUGCCAGUAUCACUGAGUACCUGAUCAUCUUCGGCACCGCCAUCGGUACCGAGGGCCACACCGGUCGCCACACCGCUGACGACUACUUCAACAUUCUCUCCGGCACUCAAUUGGCCUAUGUCCCUGGCUCCUUCGAGGCCGAGUCCUACCCCGCCGGUACCGUGCACCACCUGCAGCGCGGCCAGGUCAAGCAGUACAAGAUGGAUUCGUCCUGCUUUGCUCUCGAGUACGCUCGUGGCUGGAUCCCUCCCAUGCUUUUCUUCGGCUACGCCGAUACCUUCUCCAGCACCCUGGACUUCCCUACCCUGUGGGCGACUACUCGCAUCACUGGUCGGGAGAUGAUCUCCAACCUGCUGCGUCUGAAGCUGUAA